AUGGAACUGAACCACCUAAAGAAGUUCCAUGUCAGAAUAGAACCAGGAACUCCAGGAGGAAGUGGAGAACCACCUGAAGAACCAAGAGUGUAUGAGCCAAAGAUCCCAUACAGAAUGUUCUUUCUCAACCCAAGAAGGAGAAGGAGCAAGCAAAACUCAAGGAUCUUGUUAGCCAACUUUCAGUUCGUGGCCAAGCUAUUGGGCAUCACUGACUUCAAACCUACAAAGAUAUCUAGUCUUUGCAGAUCGAUCUGUUCGCCGCCCUGUUGGUGUUAUUAUGGAUGUUCCAAUCAUGGUUGGAGAUUGCUACAUCCUGCUGAUUUUGUAGUUCUUGAGCUGGAACACCAACCUAAAGACCCUCUUAUCUUGGGAAGGCCAUUCCUAGCUACUGCAGGAGCUAUAAUAGAUGUCAAGAAUGGAAAGAUUGACUUGCAUCUUGGAGAUAUAGUGAUGAAUUUCGAAGUAAACAAGUCUAUGGAGAAACCAACUGGAUGGUCAAGCUUUUUGGAUUGGAGAGCUCGCAGAGACAAGAGAAGAAGUGCUGGAUGA